UAUUAUUAAUUUUCUUAGCUAAUAAAAUAUUAUUGAAAUGAGCGAAUAACGUGAAAAUAAAGAGUAGACAAAAUUUUAUAUGUGUUACAUAUGUAUAUUAAAAAAAAGAUGGCGUCACCACGCCGCCUUAAUUAGGCAAAAAUUAUAACCUAUUUCGUUUUUACAUGAAAUUAAGUUAAAAAAUGGCUGAUAAUGAUGACCUUUUGGAUUAUGAAGAUGAAGAGCAAACUGAAACGCAAGUAACGGAAACACAAGAAGCCCCAAAAAAAGAUGUUAAAGGAACAUAUGUAUCAAUUCAUAGCUCAGGGUUUAGGGAUUUCUUGCUUAAACCAGAGAUAUUAAGAGCUAUUGUUGAUUGCGGUUUUGAACAUCCAUCGGAAGUUCAACAUGAAUGUAUUCCUCAAGCUGUUCUAGCGAUGGAUAUUUUGUGUCAAGCAAAAUCAGGUAUGGGCAAAACAGCAGUUUUUGUAUUAGCCACAUUGCAACAAUUAGAGCCCACUGAAAAUCAUACUUAUGUAUUAGUAAUGUGUCAUACAAGAGAACUUGCAUUCCAAAUUAGUAAAGAAUAUGAAAGAUUUUCGAAAUAUAUGCCAAACAUUAAGGUUGGUGUUUUCUUCGGUGGUCUACCAAUACAAAAGGACGAAGAAACCUUAAAAAACAUGGUACCACAUAUUGUUGUCGGAACUCCAGGUAGAAUUUUGGCCCUAAUCCGCAAUAAAAAACUUAAUCUCAAACAUUUGAAACAUUUUAUUCUUGAUGAAUGUGAUAAAAUGUUGGAGCAAUUGGAUAUGCGACGUGAUGUACAAGAAAUUUUCCGCAAUACACCACAUGGAAAACAAGUUAUGAUGUUUUCUGCUACACUGAGUAAGGAAAUCCGCCCGGUCUGCAAAAAAUUUAUGCAAGAUCCAAUGGAGGUUUAUGUUGAUGAUGAAGCAAAACUAACUUUACAUGGUUUACAGCAGCAUUACGUUAAACUGAAAGAAAAUGAAAAAAAUAAAAAACUAUUUGAGCUUCUUGAUGUCUUGGAAUUUAAUCAAGUUGUUAUAUUUGUAAAAUCUGUUCAACGUUGUAUGGCGUUAGCACAGCUUUUAACUGAACAAAAUUUUCCUGCUAUUGGAAUUCAUAGAGGAAUGAAUCAGGAAGAACGUUUAUCAAGAUAUCAACAGUUUAAAGAUUUCCAAAAGCGUAUUUUAGUGGCAACUAAUUUAUUUGGACGUGGAAUGGAUAUUGAACGUGUCAAUAUUGUUUUUAAUUAUGAUAUGCCAGAAGAUUCUGACACUUAUUUACAUAGAGUUGCAAGAGCAGGUCGAUUUGGUACCAAAGGUUUAGCCAUUACUUUCGUGUCAGAAGAAUCAGAUGCAAAAACACUAAAUGAAGUUCAAGAUAGAUUUGACGUUAAUAUUACAGAAUUACCUGACGAAAUUGAUUUAUCAUCUUAUAUUGAAGGACGAUAGACUGAAAGAGAAAUACACUCACAUUCAUUUAACUUACAGUGUGGGAAAUUUUUGAAUUUUUUUGAAUGUUCAAAUAAGAAAUUAUAAUUAGAUUGUAAUGAACAUAAAUUAAUAAGCAUAAUUUUUUAAUCCAAUUAAACAGUAUAAAAAUAUUUUUUUUUUCUCUUAAAA